CAAAACUUCGUACGGCAUUAUUUUAUUUGAUAUGUUCUCAUUAUGCCCUCCUCAUGCGUCGUGAUAAAAACCCCAUUCAAGCACGAUGGUUGCACAGCAGAACCACCACAUGUGGAAUACACAUACCACCGAGAAGGUGCAUGUGUUAUGCACAAGAAAAUGUUGCAAAGAUAUGCGUGCCGCGAAGAGAAAGGGGAGUCCCCAUCAAGUUUUGGCGGUCGUGACCGGUGCCCCAAGUGUGAUGUAGAGAGAAGGAAGCGCCGGCUGCAGUCCCCGCAUCUGCAUAAGAACCGUAACAAACCCUCAGCCGUUACCCGAAGAAAGAAAGAUUCUAUAUCUUGCUGCACCGUAAUGUAGUUGGUGGCCUUCCCAGAUACUCUAUCGACCUAGUUCCUCGAUUUCCCAAUGCAAAAUCUCUCCGGGAUACAAGGCAUCUGGAAUCUCACCGUGUCCGAAUCGUGUGCCUACAAUUGGACGGAUCCAACUUCGCACAUACUCAACUCGCUCAAUACAAUAGCGUUUCCGAGUAGGGCUCCGCUCGAAUCGAAUCGGAUCGAACUUUUAAAUAAUUCGAAUUCGACAGUCGAAUCGAAUUUUUAUAUAGGAAAAAUUCGACCAUAAUUCGAUGAGUAUUCGUCGAAAUUCGAAUCAAAUCGAACUUUUAUUACGUGAAAUUAGAUUUUAGCUCUCUCCUUUAA